AUGAACAAUAUGGACGACCUGGAAGGUCUCAGCGGCAUACCGGAUGCGUUUGACUGGGUGACGCGUAAUGGGCCAGACCAGACUGACGCCGAUGGCGCGGUCUUGGACGAUAUUAGCGUGGGCGGCGUAGUUCAUGAAGAGAGGCAGGAUUCUCUCGUUGCCUACAACGUUGAAAAGGAGUCUAUUGCCGAGGACAUGAUCCAAACCGAGGCGGACAACAACAAUGUUGAAACCGAGCUUGUUGCAGUCGAUGCGAUUCACACCGAGGAAGACGCUGUCUCGGAAAAUGCCGCCCAAAAGGUACCCGACGAUGACCUCGGCGCAAGCGCGGAAAAUGAAUUUCUUGAAAAUUCGACCACUGAAGGACAUGCGCCGCGAGGGGAUAUCCAGUGCGAGUCUGACGAAGAAUUGGAGCCUGCCGUUGAGCGGCAUGGCUCACAAGACAGCGCUCGUAGCAAUGCCGGCUUGACGCUGCAACCAACUCAAAUCAAGGUAGAACUACCGCUUCUGGCUCAAUCUCUACUCGACGACUACUCUACCGUAGUUUCGGAAGUAGUGGACCAUAUUCGCGGCGAAGAACAGUCCUUCGGCUCUUAUCACGUCGAGUUCACUGAUGGACGCGUUGAAACUAUAUCCUAUGACCAUCUUCUCGACUUGAACAACGGUCAAUCCGCACUAGACGAUUUCUUGAACGGCGCCAACAUGGGUGAAAACUCAAGAAAACGCAAAUAUGGAGAGCAUGACUGGGGCUCUGACUCUGGAUCAGAAAUAGCGGAAGAUCAGUCUGAUGGCAUGGAAAUUGAUGGCGCCGAUAGCGACGAAUCAGUGAAACAAUUUCCUCGACGUUCCUCACGGCGAGCCUCACGAAAACGAAAGAUUGUCAUCACGCGACGUCAAAGCCUCGAACAUUCUGACGAAGAAAUCGGGCGACCGUCUCGCUCAGCUAGGUCCUUGCGUCCUCGUGCCAGCAUUCCAUCAUAUUAUGGCCCUGAUCCUAGUCGCGAAGUCCCUGAAGGUCGAGAUGAAGUAGGCGAUGACGAUUUCAGGCCUGUCAUAUCUGAUAUAGCACCACCAAAGAGGGGCAGACGUCCUACACGAGGGAGUGCAAGGAGGCUGACUCCCGGCCGGCAAAGACCCUCAGGCGGAGGCUCUGACAUCGAAUUUGAAGCGCCUAGGAGAUCAUCGAGAGCGACAAAGAAUUUACAGCGCAUGAAUGACGAAUAUGACUCGGACGAAGACUUUGAAUCAAUGGCCGUGGUCAGAGAGCGUGGCGCGCCCAAAGUUGUUUCGGUCAAGGAGAUUUUUCAACCCAUUAAGCCGGAAUCUCCGUUUGCUGUCGCCCAUAUGCAGAAAUGCCAUGUUUGCGCCGGCUCCCAGCAACGAGGGCAGCUUAUUUACUGCCAGGGAUGCAGUCUCACUUUUCACAAAGGUUGCAUUGGCCUUCGCAGCUCUCGAGAGCACCUGGCUACCAAGGUUGACAAAGAUUCGUUUGUUUUGCAAUGCAAAUUCUGUAUCGGAGCCUACACUUCCAGAGAUGAUAUCGCACCGAGAUACGAUAUGUGUCAGCAAUGUAAAGGCCCAGGUGUUUCUUGCUCAGCAUUCACCACAAAACGCACGGCACGUCAAGAAGAGAAGCUGCGCGAGGAGAACGACGGCGUUGACCCUGUGACGCCCGUGGCGCCUUCACUGAUCAACAACAGUGACAAUGUACUUUUCCGCUGUCAAUCAUGCCACAGAGGCUGGCAUCAGGAUCACCUCCCAGUACCAGAUGGCAUCCAGUCUGACAUUGACGGCUAUUCUAAGAAGUGGCGCUGCUCAGAGUGUCUCAGCGUCACGCACAAGAUCCAUCGUCUCGUUGCGUGGCGUCCAACUGACAAACAUUUGCCUGUCAAGGGACAGCAGCCUCCUUCCUGGCAUGUGGUCCCCGAUGAUGAGAAAGAAUACCUCAUCAAAUGGGAGACCAAAUCAUAUGCCCAUUGCACUUGGCUUCCCGGCGCUUGGGUUUACGGCGUUGCUGCGUCUCACUCUCGCAAAGCAUUUGGAAAACGUGAUCUAGAACAGAGUAUGCUGAAAAUGACAAAAGAAGACGCGAUUCCGGAGGAGUUCCUGGCACCAGACAUCAUUCUUGUUGCCAAGAUGGACCCUUCGGCGCCCAAUCACCACUCCAAAGAGGACAUGCUCGCCAACAUCAUAUAUGUCCGUCGCAUAUUUGUCAAGUUUCAGGGCCUUGGCUACGAAGAUGUCGUCUGGGAUACGCCUCCGAUGCCAGACAACAGCGCUCUCUACACUGCAUUCGUUGACGCUUAUAAUGAGUAUGUGAAUGGCAAGUAUUUUGAGGCAGGUUCGCAAACAACAAUUCGAAGACGCGUCGAAGAGUUCAAGAAUCAAGAAUUUACGCCGCUGGACGCCCAGCCGAAAGGAAUCCGCCGCGGCAAAUUGAUGGGCUAUCAAUUGGAGGGACUGAAUUGGCUUCUUGAAAACUAUCACCACGGUCGCAGUGUUGUCCUAGCCGACGAAAUGGGCCUGGGAAAGACCGUGCAGGUUGUAAGCUUGGUGACAAGUCUGGUGCAGGAUAGUCCCAAGUGCUGGCCCUUUCUCAUUGUCGUCCCCAACGCUACGUGUCCCAACUGGCGGCGCGAGUUCAGGCAAUGGGUACCAGAUCUGAGGGUCGUUGCCUACCACGGAGGCAAGGAAUCCCAACAGCUGACGUACCGUUAUGAGCUCUUCCCUGAGCAUGGAGGCGCUAUGCGAGCCCACGCUGUCAUCAUGUCUUAUGAUUCAGCCCAAGAUCCUAGAACUGCAGCGUUGUUCAAGUCGGUCAGAUGGGCUGGUCUGAUCGUGGACGAGGGUCAGCGCCUCAAGAAUGACCAGAAUCUUCUCUAUCAAGCUUUGCGUGGAAUGAAGAUUCCUUUCCGCCUUCUGUUAACCGGCACACCCCUACAAAACAAUAAACGCGAACUAUUCAAUCUGAUACAGUUUAUCGACACCAAACAGGACGCUGCAAAGCUCGACGCCGAGUUCGAGGUUCUGGACAAGGAGACGCUGCCCCAACUGCACGACAAAAUCAGACCAUAUUUCCUUCGACGUACCAAGGCCGGUGUGCUCAAGUUUCUUCCGCCGAUGGCCCAGAUCAUCGUGCCAGUUACCAUGACGGUCGUUCAAGAAAAACUGGCAAAGAGCAUCAUGUCCAAGAAUCCGGAGCUCAUCAAAGCCAUAUUUGCGGAAAGCAAGCUCAAGAAGAAGAAUUAUGAUCGAGGGAGCCUCAAUAAUAUCCUUAUGCAGCUGCGCAAGUGUCUUUGCCACCCUUUCAUGUACUCUGAAAAUAUCGAGGAGAAACACCAUGACCCAGUUGUUAUGUUUCGCAAUCUCAUCGAGGCCUCUGCAAAGCUACUUCUUCUCGAAUUAAUGUUACCAAAACUCAAAGAGCGUGGCCACCGAGUACUCAUUUUCAGCCAAUUCCUACAGCAGCUUGACAUCAUAGAGGAUUUCCUGAUUGGCAUUGGCCUUGACUAUAAAAGGCUUGAUGGUGGCAUGUCAAGUCUUGAAAAGCAAAAGCGAAUCGACGCUUUCAACCAACCGGAUUCGCCCCUGUUUGCGUUUCUGCUUUCCACCCGCGCUGGUGGCGUUGGCAUCAAUUUGGCAACUGCCGAUACUGUCAUCAUCAUGGAUCCCGACUUCAACCCGCACCAAGAUUUGCAGGCUCUCUCUCGAGCACAUCGAAUUGGACAAAAAAACAAGGUGCUGUGUUUUCAAUUCAUGACCAAAGACACCGUCGAAGAGAGAAUUGUACAAGUUGGCAGAGGCAAAAUGGCUCUGGAUCAUGCUCUUAUUGAAAGCAUGGAUGACGAUGAGCUAGAGGGUGCGGAUUUGGAAUCAAUUCUAAAGCACGGUGCCUCUGCGCUGUUUAACGACAAUUACCAAAAGACCAAAAUUCAGUAUACACCGGCGAUGGUGGAUGAUUUGCUCGAUAGGUCGCAGAUAGAGCAGGCCAGCGUGGAGGAGAACCCCUCCGGAGAGACACCGUUCGCCUACGCCCGCGUUUGGGAUUCCGACAAGGUCGGAUUCGACACCCUUCCAACAGCCGAGGCCGAGGCUCCAGUGCCUAUCGAUUCAGGUGUAUGGGACAAAAUCAUCGCACAGAGAGAAGAGGAGGCUCGCCGCAACGCAGAAGCCAACCGCGAAGUUCUCGGUAGGGGCGGCCGACGCCGCAUGAAAAUUGACUACAACGUAAAGAACGGUGCCCAAAGGGAAGCUGCGGACCGGGGAACAUCUAGCGACAGUGACGAGUUCUCCGGAGGCGACAGCUCCAGCGAAUCCGAAGAUGACGCGCUUGGAAAAGAAGAGCAAGAAGCCGGCCACCACGAGCUCGCAGAGCAAACAAACACGGCCCAGCGCCCCGCCCAAGUCGACCGAACCCAAGUUACAGCAAUCCCCUCCCGACGCAAGGGGCCAAUCAAGGUAACUUUUGCCCAAAACUCGCCCGGUGUCGUCGGGGCCCAACCACGCGGCAGGGUCCCAGAGGGCACAAACGCUGCCAGUGGUCAGGCCGACCAGCAGCGCAGGCAGCCCGUCUAUGUCACCAGCACGAAGAAGCAAGUGCUUGGUACUGAGCCUCUGCCUCCGCAGACCUCGCUUGUGCCAAACGAAUUUUGGCGCUACGUAUCUCGCCUGGGAUCAGAGGUGGAAGUUCGCGUGGCUAUUGACGAAGUGGCCCGCAACAAGGAGCAACGAAUAGUGAAACAAGUACGGCUAUAUGCCCUGCAUGAGAAGCUGAGACAAAUGUCUGCAGACAGAAAUAUUGCUUCUAGAUGA